AUGGAAAAUCCAGUCCAAGAAAUCGCCGGCGUCAUCAACGCCCUCACCAAAGGAACCCCCCAGCAGCAGCAAGACACGCUCAACACAUACUUCCUCUCCAACGCGUCCUUCAUCCACCCCUUUUGCCGCGUGCCCUCCAUCUCGCGCGGCGCCGUCCCGCUCGCGAGGGACCUCGACUCGCGCUGGCUCAUCCUGGGCAUCUACCGCUGGUACCGCACGCUGAGUCCGAAAAUCAGCCUCACCGUCGAUUCAUCCGUCUUCGACCACCACAACAACACCCUCUACGUCUCCAUCCGCCAGACCUUCUCCAUCUGGUUCAUCCCGCUGCACUCCUCCCGCGUCAAGCUCCUCUCCGUCCUGCGCCUCGUCCAGGGCUCCUCCUCCGAACCAGGCCAGCUGUCGCCGCCGCCAAAGUACACCGCGGCAGACGGCCGGUCCGCCGUCUCGUCCGCCCUCGCGGGGCCCGGCCAGGAGAGGCUGCGAUACUACAUUGCCAGCCAGGAGGACCUGUACCAGACAAACGACUUUGUGGCCUUUGUGGUGCCGUACCUGGGGCCGCUGCUGGUGUUUCUGUGGCAGCUGUACAGCACGGGGGUGACGGUGGUUUGCUCGCUUCUGUUUUUGCCGUUGUACUAUUUCAUGAAUAGCAGCCGGGUCAAGGCUGCGAGGCGGGCGUGA